CCCGCUAGUUUUGCUCCACUGUUGCUGACCAAAGUGGCGGGCGGCUGUCAGCUUUGAUGUGAGCGCUGCGAAAAAGUGGCCGAGCCGGCGAGGGACCUUCGUGCGAGGAGCUUUUUGUUAACACCCGACACUGAAUCGUCGCGGCGGCGGCGGUGAAAGAAGUACAGCGCUGAAGCGGUCUUCAGAUGGGUCAGCUACUGUGGCGGGUGGCCAGAAACCAGCAGCUGCAGCAGGAGUUUGCCGAGCAGGGCUACCUGGUGCGAGAGCAUGGCAGGAGGAGCACCUGCCAGGCCGAUGCCAUGCCCCUCCGCAGGCCUGCACCCGUCGGGAUCGACCUCUACCAGCUGCUGAAGGCCAGGAAAGCCAAGGAGGAGCAAAGCUUCAUCGACUUGGAGAGGCUGCCACCCGAGCUGAGCAUCACCAUCCUGUCCUACCUGAAUGCCACAGAUCUCUGCCUGGCAUCUUGUGUAUGGCAGGACCUGGGCAACGACGAAUACCUCUGGCAAGGCUUGUGUAAAUCCACCUGGGGUCACUGCUCCAUCUACAACGGGUGGUCUCCACCGGGCUUCUCCUACAGGAGGCUCUACAUGCAGCUCGAUGAAGGCAGCCUGACCUUUAAUGCCAACCCACACGAGGGAAUGGACUACUUGGUGUCGAGGGGCAUCCUGUUGGACCACCCUAAGGAGAUGGCCAAGUUCAUUUUCUACACCAGGACACUACACUGGAAGAUGCUGCGCAUUUAUCUGGAUGACCGGAGGGACGUGCUGGACGAGCUGGUGACCCUUCACAACUUCAGCAACCAGUUCCUGCCCAACGCUCUACGCGAGUUUUUCCGCCACAUCCAUGCCCCCGAGGAGCGUGGCGAGUACCUCGAGACACUCAUCACCAAAUUCUCACACAGGUUCUGUACCUGCAACCCGACGCUGGUGAGGGAGCUCCAUCUGAGCCCAGAUGCCGUCUACGUGCUUUGCUACUCGCUGAUCCUGCUGUCCAUCGACCUCUCCAGCCCGCACGUCAAGAACAAAAUGUCCAAGAGGGAGUUCAUCCGCAACACGCGGCGCGCUGCCCACAACAUCAGCGAGGACUUUGUGGGCCACCUGUACGACAACAUCUACCUGGUCGGCCAUGUGGCCGCGUAGAGGCGGGUGAGGAGGGCACAGGCCGUGUAAAUAUUGAUUUUAUUGUGAAGGAUUUUAACUAAAGCUUUGCUAUUCUCA